CCGGCCCAGACUUGCGCCGCAUCUUCGACUUGGAGCCACCUCCGGCUAUUUGCAAUCACGACAAUUUCCAUUGUCUGUCCGGAGUUGAUUUUCAUCUUGCUCCGCGUUCAAUUCCGUUGGCUGGUAUAACGGCCACGUUCGGUCCUUUCACCCGCCGCCUAACCGUAUCUCCCCGACAUCCUCCUCGAUUGACGACACCGCAAAGAUGAACUCGACAUUCGUUACUGCCCUGUCGAGGGCUCUGCCUACCGUUGGCCGCUCGUGUCAGAUCCGUGCCCCUGCUUUCCGUCUUACGAGACCCUUUUCAUCGACUCCCGCGAUCCUCGAAAAUGCAAAGGAGAAGACCCGUCAAAUCGAGAGAGAGAUCUUGAACACCCCUGCGGAGAAGCAACCCGCCCAAGAGAAUGCAUCCUUCUCUGCGAUCACCAAGAUGAUGCAGGGUGAGAAGGUUCGCUCAAACCAGGGUGUGAGUCGUGACUACUCCCGGAUGGCCGAGAGCCUGGAAGCAGAGUUGAUCAACCAGCCGUAUGCCGAUCGGUCUCCUCCUUACCACCUACAUGUCUACUGCCACAAGCACAACACCAUCAUGACAUUGACACGGCCGAAUGGAGACCCAAUGUUGGCUAAGAGCUGCGGUCACCUUGGAUUCCGCAAGUCUAAGCGUUCCGGUUACGAAGCCGCCCACCAGCUGGCGUCGCACGUCUUUGGCCAGAUACAAGAAAGGGGCUUUUUAUUGGAAAUCAAGCGCUUGGAAAUUAUCUUCCGUGAUUUCGGACAAGGCCGUGAGGCUGUCACCAAGGUCUUGCUCGGUAACGAAGGAAGGAACAUCCGCGGCUUGGUUUGUCGGGUGACGGACUCCACCAGACUCAAGUUUGGUGGUUCGAGAAGCCCCAGGGUUCGCCGUCUUGGUUAAGGGGGUGCAUUUUGUUGACGAAGUUUGUUAUGUCGUUCUGACGCGGGUAGAAGUGUUUUGCUAGAACGUCUGAGACAAGAACACGGGCAUGCUUUCAUGAUACCUGAUGAUGGGAUGGGAUUGAUCAGAGAUGCCCCGGAAUAGGUUCUUCUCAGUCCAACCAUAUGGCGACCCUACACUGUAUCAACUGAACCGUUCUUGUUGGGUGGCAAUAGUUCGGGCAAUGGUUCAGGGUUCAGGGUCCAGCUCCUUUUCUCUAUUUGUAUACUAGCCAGCCUGUUCCCGGCAUAUAUGGGAUUUAUUAUUUUUAGGAUGCGAGUUUCUACGGGUGCAAUGUAUAUCAAUUCAAAGUUUCUCCUAGCAAGAAUGUUAUGAAUGAAGGCGU